AUGAGACGCUCUGCGAAUGCGGAAGACUCGGUGGGCGGGACACGAAACGCGGACCAGGACAAUGCUACUCUCUCGAAGAAACUCAAGAUUGGGCAGGAAGACCUUUCACUUUUCAAACCAGGCUCUAUUGUGAGAUUACACCUUGAAAACUUCGUCACCUACGCAUUAGGUGACUUUUUCUUGUCGCCAGCCCUUAAUAUGGUCAUUGGGCCAAAUGGGUCAGGAAAAUCGUCGUUUGUCUGUGGUGUGUGUCUUGGUCUAGCAGGGAAACCCGAGUAUAUUGGGCGCAGUAAAAGGGUGGAUGAUUUCAUAAAAAACGGCGAGAAUACAAGCACUAUCGAAACAACACUCAUGCUUGGUCCGGAAGAGUGCUUCCAAGAAUUUGCAAAUGAAAAUCAUACCGCUAAGAUCACCCGUAUAAUAGAGCGUAACGUGAAGAAAUCUCGCUACCUUAUAAACGGAAAGGAAGUGAAUGAGACUAAUGUCAAAUGGCUGGUGUCGAAACUCAACAUCCAAUUGGAUAAUCUGUGUCAAUUUCUAUCGCAGGAACGAGUCCAAGAUUUUUCUAAGUUGAAGUCUGACAAGCUUCUCGUCGAAACGAUACGAUCCGUCGAUGUUAGCAUGUUGAACAAUCUUGAGGAUCUCAAAGCUUUGCAAACAGAAGAGCUGAACUGUGCCAAAGAAUUGCAAAUAAAGGAGAUUCGCCAGUCCGAAUUAAGCGCGAAUCGUGAAAAACUGGAAUCAUCUGUGCGCACGCUAGAGAUAUUUCGCCAAAAGAAGCGAGAUUUAGCUAUUCAUGAAAAGCUUUUACCUUACGCCAAAGUCAAGGAUCAUAAACUCAGAAUUCAAGAUCAUAAAAACGUCUGCGAAACCUCUAAGCGACAACUCAAGUCGUUGUUGUCUGACAAAAAGCCAUUCGGAAAUGCGCUGGAUCGCGUUAAAAAUGAAUGUAAGCAUAAGCUUAACAAGAAGCUCAAGCUAGAAGAAAAAUUCAGAAAAAAGAAGGAGGCGUACAACCAAUAUGUUGAAAGGUUAAACAACUACCAAAACGAGAUAGCUUUGAAAAAGAACGACAUUGAGCACUAUAAGGGCCGCACUGAUAAAAUUCGGAAAGACAUCAAAAGGAAAACACAAGAAUUGCAUGAAAAAGAGGAACUGCUGGCAAGUCUCUCUGAGCCCGAUGAGACGGAGGUGAAUAAUUUAUUUGACCAAAGGAAAGCUCUUCAACAGAGCAUAGCUGAUUUUCGCGACAAAAUAAGAGAUUUAGAAUCUGCGAAUGAAAGUCUCCAGUACAAGCUUGCGUCUCAACGGGAUUCGUUAGCAAGUAAAGCUCAAGGUCUGAAAUCUGAUGACAAAAUCAAUGUCCUCGAAGGAAGGGGAGAUGGCUUAAAAGAUAUCCGUGGAGCUGUGCAGUAUAUUCGGAGCCAGCCCAAGAUGUCGGGACUAGUACUAGAACCCCCCAUAAUGCUAGUUUCUUCAAAGCAGCCCGAGCUCGCAAAAUACAUUUGGACGUGUGUCGGCUUUGCAAAUUCUGUCGCGCUAACAAUGGUUGAUGCAAACGCGUACGAUCGAUUCAAUGACGAGAUUUUGUAUAAUUUCGGUGUCAACUUGAGGCAGCUGACUGGACAACAAUUAAGGUCUCCGCAUUCGCUUGCUGAGUUGAGGAGUAUGGGUUUCGAGGGCUACAUUUCCGAUCUGUUGACUGGAGACGCUAGGGUAUCGGAAAUGAUGUGCCAGGUUAGCGGUUUGCAUUUAAUACCUUUUACGCGGAAGCAUCUCAGUGCGGAGCAGCAAGAAUUCUUAGCAGCACCCAACGCGAAAGGAGAUGUAAAAUUCAGGAAAGUCAUAGCGGGUAACCGCGUUCUUGAGUUCAAAAGGUCAAAUUAUGGUGACAAGCAGAUAUCUUACAUUUCCUAUCUGGUCAAAGAAACCAACUUUUAUCAAUCAAAGCUUAUAUCGGAUGAGCAUAAAGAAAGAAUACUUGAACAGAUCCGAGCUAUUGAAAAUGAAAUCAAACGUUGUGACGAAGACACUAACCGAAACAAAAAAAGCAUUGGUGAGUUGAAGGAACAAGUUCAUACUCUAAAAAAUGAGGAUGAAUCUUUGAAGCAUAGAGCUAAUCAAUUUCAUAGUCAAAAGAACACUUUCACCAAGACAAAACAACUAAUAGAAACCGUCGGACGCACAUUGAAAAGCCUUGAGCGGGAGUCUCUGAAAGACGUAGCCCCAAAGAUCAAGGACUGUCAAGAAGGUAUUGUUGAAAUCAUAGCGCGUAAAACUUCUUGCAUGAGGGAAAUAACCGAAUAUAUGCGCAGCUUACAAGAUUUGCAAGAUGAAAUCGUUGCUGCGACUGUAUCCUACAUUGAGGCAUUCAACAGCGAGCGGUCCAUGAACGAUGUGGUUGAAUUUUUCAAUGAGAAAGAGCGUCAUUUGCGGGCAGAAUACGACGACGCCAAAAGGAACUACGCGUCAAUGAAAGAAACACCAGAGUACCAAAGUUGGCUUGCAGCGAUUAGACAAUAUUCAAAUGCAGAAAAGCAGCAAUUGGCUGCGUUGGCGGAAGAGUACCAGGCCGAAGAAAACUUCAAUCUAGCAUUUGUUCUUCAAGUCAUUGACAGACUGCACUCAGAGAUUGCAAUGGUUAACGAGGAUGAGUCCGCGCUUGAAAUCCUUCGUCAGACCGAGAGUGAGCUCGCGUCACUGAACAACACUAUUCCACAAAUGCGUACAAAUCUGCAAAAUCUGCGUUCACAAAUGCAGACAAAUCGCAGUCUGCUGGAGCCGUUUCUCGAUAGCACGGUGAAAAAAAUCUCAGGUAACUUUUCAGAGUUAUUCAAAAAUGUUGGAAGCGCCGGAGCUGUUCAAUUGGAGAAACCCGCACUGUAUAGCGAGUGGGAAAUGAAUAUCAUGGUAAAAUUCCGCGACAACUCUUCGCUCAAAAAGCUCGAAUUUCACACCCAGUCUGGGGGUGAAAAAGCGGUUUCGACGGUUUUGUACAUGGUCGCACUACAGGAAUUCACGUCUGCGCCUUUCAGAAUCGUCGACGAGAUCAACCAAGGCAUGGACACUACGAAUGAGCGUAUAGUUCACAAGGCAAUCGUGCAGAAUGCCUGCGCUGAAAACACCUCUCAGUAUAUUCUGAUCACACCAAAACUGCUGACGGAUCUAUACUACCACGAAAAUGUCCGAAUCCAUUGUGUCAUGGCAGGACCCUGGAUGCCGAACCCCAGCGCUGAACCGGAGAAAGCUCAGUUGGGACGAACAUCUGCCUACCUAAUUUGA